ACGAAUCACCUGCUUCAGACAGCAAGGGCGGAAGCGGAAGAGAGCCGAAAGCCCGGGUUUGGCCUUGUGUUCUGCCGUAGAGGAUGUCCGGUUUGAGGCAGUGAGGAAAAUCGGGGCCCUUAUCUACCAACCUCACCGGGCGAAGAGAAGCCUGCGAGAGCGGGAGGGAGGAAGCACGAACCCCCAAGAAAAGAGCUAGCGCGCAGUCAGCUGCAGGGCAGAAGGGGAGUGUGCCGGGUCCCCAAGAACGAACUUGAUCGUGCCGCUCUCCAAGACCAUGGUGCAGGCGGAGCUCGGGGCGAUCCCCAGAUGAGAGCAGCUGCUCUCUCUGCCGGGGAUCCCACCGCGCUAGAUAGAACCGGGUAGAUGCGGGUUAGGGGAGAAAGGAUGCUGCCCGCACUGCUCCCUGGUUGCACCCUGAGUGGCCGCAGCGCUAGCAGCAGAAAGCACAGCCCCGGCCAAGGAGGCGGCUCGAGCUGUUGCUGAAGUCGCGUGGCAGUUCUUUCUCCGUAGUGUGCGAGUUGAGAAAACAGCCAGAGAGCAGGGCUCCCCGUUACAACUGUCUUCGGGCUCUUUUCCCUUGCUACUCGGAGCUGAUUUAUGCGAAAACAUGCCUUGCACUUGCACCUGGAGUAACUGGAGGCAGUGGAUUCGACCUUUAGCUGUGGUCAUCUACCUGGUGUCCAUAGUGGUUGCAGUUCCCCUGUGCGUGUGGGAAUUACAGAAACUGGAGGUUGGAAUACACACCAAGGCUUGGUUUAUUGCUGGAAUCUUUUUGCUGUUGACUAUACCCAUAUCCCUUUGGGUGAUAUUGCAACACUUAGUGCAUUAUACACAACCUGAACUACAGAAACCAAUCAUAAGGAUUCUUUGGAUGGUACCCAUAUACAGUUUAGAUAGCUGGGUAGCUUUGAAAUACCCCAGCAUUGCAAUAUAUGUGGAUACCUGCAGAGAAUGCUAUGAAGCUUAUGUCAUUUACAACUUUAUGGGAUUCCUUACCAAUUAUCUAACUAACCGAUAUCCAAAUCUGGUAUUAAUCCUUGAAGCCAAAGAUCAGCAGAAACAUUUCCCUCCUUUAUGUUGCUGUCCACCAUGGGCAAUGGGAGAAGUAUUGCUGUUUAGGUGCAAACUGGGAGUGCUGCAGUAUACAGUUGUCAGACCAUUCACCACCAUCGUUGCUUUAAUCUGUGAGCUGGUUGGUAUAUAUGAUGAAGGGAACUUUAGCUUUUCAAAUGCUUGGACUUACUUGGUUAUAAUAAACAAUAUGUCUCAAUUGUUUGCCAUGUAUUGUCUCCUGCUAUUUUAUAAAGUACUAAAGGAAGAACUGAGUCCAAUCCAACCUGUUGGCAAAUUUCUUUGUGUAAAGCUGGUGGUUUUUGUUUCUUUCUGGCAAGCAGUAGUUAUUGCUUUGUUGGUAAAAGUUGGCGUUAUUUCUGAAAAGCAUACAUGGGAAUGGCAAACUGUAGAAGCUGUGGCUACAGGACUCCAGGACUUUAUUAUCUGUAUUGAAAUGUUCCUUGCUGCUAUUGCUCAUCACUACACUUUCUCAUAUAAACCAUAUGUCCAAGAAGCGGAAGAGGGCUCCUGUUUUGAUUCCUUUCUUGCCAUGUGGGAUGUUUCAGAUAUUAGAGAUGAUAUUUCUGAACAAGUAAGACAUGUUGGACGAACAGUCAGAGGACAUCCUAGGAAAAAAUUUUUUCCUGAGGAUCAAGAUCAAAAUGAACAUACAAGCUUGUUAUCGUCAUCAUCACAAGAUGCAAUGUCUGUUGCAUCUUCUAUGCCACCUUCACCAGUGGGACACUACCAAGGAUUUGGACACACUGUGACUCCCCAGACUACUCCUACUACAGCCAAGCUAUCUGAUGAAGUACUUGGGGAUGCUACGGAGGAGAAAAAAGAACCUUCAGCUAAAUCUAUGGACUCCUGAGCAGUAUGAAAAAACUGUGCUAAAACCAUGAUAUUCCAUUACCCAGUAUCUCCCAUAGCUCAGGAUGUUGUGCUUGGGACAAGCCAUAAAUUAUGGAAAAUUUCAACACAAAGAUAGGUGAAAACCAAGUACAACUAUUGGAUUUAUAUAAAUGAGUUUUAUAUAUUGCAAACUGUCUAAAUUUCCUAGACUUAGACUUAAGAACAUCAGAAUACCACAUACUCGAAUGGUAGAAGAUGACUUCCAACUAAAUGCUCUUGAUGUCGCAUUACUUUAGCAAGAGGAUGGACAUUUAUUCUAAAACAACGCUUCCUACCAUGCUGCAUGAAUAUAAUGCUUUGGAAUUAACAGAAGGCAUAAUCCAGAAAAAUGAAUUAGUGGAAUUUAAUCAUGUGCCAUAAAAGCUUACCUAACAGUUAUUUCUCUACUCCUCAACUGGAUGUCUUUCAAUAAAUAAUAAUUUAUCAUUUUUCCCGCAACUUUCUAUGUCUCUCAUUCUUUAAAUAUAAACCCUUAAUGCUUUAACAAAAACUUCUUGAUUAAGGCACAGCGAAAAUAUUAAAUUACUGCUUUUGUUCAGAGCUAUUAAAGCUGUCAACUACUGAGUGGUCUGAAUUAUUCAUUAAGCCACACUCAGACCAAAGUAGGUCUUAUUUGGGAGAAAGUUACUAUUUAAGGGUGAGGUUUCUCUAGUUAAAUCAAAACCAACUGGGUCAUGUUUAACAUUUUGUAAUAUUAAGAAAGUAUAAAAAGUACCAUUACAGUGUUGCAUAUGGAAAGAAGGAGUAUAGUUACUCAAAACCUUUGCUUUAUGUGUUUUAUGCACUACAUUUAUAUAUGGCAUAUUCAACAUGCCUUUAUAUGAUGUUAAAUAUAUUAGUUCGUAGUAGUUAAUAGUAUUCUGUUCAUAUUACCAAAUACUUCUUUUGAAAGUAAAACUAAGCAACAUGUAGAAAAACCCCAAAUAUUUCACAAACUGCUUGAAUAACUGAAUUCAUUAGAAUAAAUCAAUUCAAUAAAGUUACAGGAUACAAAAUCAACAGGAAAAUCAGUAACAUUGUUAUAUAGAAAUAACUAAAAGAGAAAUUUAAAGGAAAUCCCAUAUAAAAAAUAGAGUAAUAAAUUUAACCUAGGAGAUAAAAGAUGUGUACACUGAAAACCAUAAAACACUGAUGAAAGAGAUUGAAGACACAAAUAGAUGGAAAGAUAUUGUGUUCACAGAUUGGAAGAAUUAAUAUUGUUAAAAUGUCCAUAUGACCCAAAUCAAUAUAAACAAUGUAAUCCCUAGCACAAUCCCAAUAACAUUAUUCACAGAAAACACACUUCUAAAAUUUAUACAGGACCGGUGCCGCGGCUCACUAGGCUAAUCCUCCGCCUUGCGGCGCUGGCACACCGGGUUCUAGUCCCAGUCGGGGUGCCGGAUUCUGUCCCGGUUGCCCCUCUUCCAGGCCAGUUCUCUGCUGUGGCCCAGGAGUGCAGUAGAGGAUGGCCCAAGUACUUGGGCCCUGCACCCCAUGGGAGACCAGGAGAAGUACCUGGCUCCUGCCAUCGGAUCAGCGUGGUGCGCCGGCCGCGGCGGCCAUUGGAGGGUGAACCAACAGCAAAGGAAGACCUUUCUCUGUCUGUCUCUCUCACUGUCUACUCUGCCUGUCAAAAAAAAAAAAAAAAAAAUU